AUGUCCAGAGACGCUCCUAUAAAAGCUGAAAAGGAUUAUUCUGAACUCUUAAAGGAUGAUAUCCCAAAAAUUGAGAGUUUAGCCCAAAAUGACGUCUCAGCCGCUCUCGAUCAAUUACUAGUGUGGGAAAAGAAAACUAGACAAGCUGCUGACUUGGUUUCUUCGAAGGAGGUGUUAGGAAAGAUUGUGGAGGUUUUAUGUUUGCAGGGGAAGUGGACGGAGUUGGAUGAGCAAUUGACCUUGUUAGCCAAAAAGCAUGGGCAAUUAAAACUUUCCAUUCAAUAUAUGGUGCAAAGAAUAAUAUUUUAUUUACAAGAGACUGAAGGGAAGUUGGAUUUAGAUACAAAGAUAAAGACUAUUGAAACUAUUAGAACUGUCACAGAGAAUAAAAUUUUUGUAGAGGUUGAAAGGGCUAGGGUAACAAGAACUUUGGCACAUAUUAGAAAGGAUCAAGGUAAAAUUGAUGAAGCCUGUGAUAUUCUUUGUGAACUACAAGUGGAGACGUAUGGAUCCAUGGAAAUGUCUGAGGAGAUUGAAUUUAUCUUAGAACAAAUGGAACUGAGUAUCUUGAAGGGAGAUUAUUCUCAAGCCACUGUUUUGUCCAGAAAGAUCUUAAAGAAGACAUUUAAAAAUGAAAAAUAUGAGACUUUGAAGCUCGAAUAUUACCAACUAUUAAUCAAAAUUGGAUUGCAUAAGGGAGAGUAUUUGGAGAUUGCUCAAUAUUAUCAAGAAAUUUACCAGAGUGAUUCGGUGAAAAGUGAUGAAACAAAAUGGAAGAAUGCAUUGUCACAUUUUGUAUACUUCUUGAUACUUUCACCUUAUGGGAACUUACAAAAUGAUUUGAUUCAUAAAGUUCAACAGGACAAUAACUUGAAAAAGUUGGAAGUACAAGAAUCUAUGGUGAAAUUAUUUACAACCCAAGAAUUAAUGAGAUGGCCAAUUGUUAAGGAUACAUAUGAACCUACCCUAAGUCAGGAUGAUGUUGCUUUUGGUGGUGAGAACAGUAGUCACCACUGGGCUGAGUUGAAGAAGAGGGUCAUCGAACACAACUUAAGAGUCAUAUCUCAAUACUAUUCCAGAAUUACCCUCGCCAGAUUGGAUGAACUAUUAGAUUUAAAUGAAUCUGAGACAGAAACUUUUAUCAGUGAUUUAGUGAAUCAAGGCGUCAUAUAUGCAAAAGUGAAUAGACCUGAAAAGAUUGUCAAUUUUGAAAAGAAGAAGAAUUCCAGUGAAUUGUUGAAUGAAUGGUCUUCUAAUGUAGAUCAAUUAUUGGAAAACAUUGAAACUAUAGGCCACCUAAUCACUAAGGAAGAGAUCAUGCAUGGUUUAAAAACUAAAUAA